AUGAGCCAACAGACAAAUAAGUUUUCAUCUGGAAGUGAGCAUAUUAAUUCUAUUGACCAAAGUAUCUUGCCUUGCCCUCAAUUUAUACGAGGUAAAAGUCUUACAUUUGAUAUCCAAUAUUCAUGUAAUAGAGCUCGAAGCUGUAUUUUGAAGUUACCUCAUGGUAAAAUUUACACACCUAUUUUUAUGCCAGUUGCAACACAUGGAGCUAUUAAAGGUUUAUCAACCGCUCAAGUUGAAGAACUAAAUGUUCCAAUAAUACUGGGAAAUGCAUAUCACUUGAGUAGUAGACCUGGAGUAAAGGUUAUUAAGGAUUUUGGUGGUCUACACAAAUUUAUGAAUUGGAAUAGAAACUUAUUAACUGAUAGUGGAGGUUUUCAGAUGGUUUCAUUACUCAAGUUCGCUAAUAUUACUGAAGAAGGUGUUACCUUUAAGCAUCCAUACACAAAUGCUACAAUGAUAUUCACACCAGAAAAAUCUAUAGAAUAUCAGAAUUCUAUCGGAGCGGAUAUUAUUAUGCAGCUUGAUGAUGUUGUUAGUGCCCAAUGCACUAAUUAUGAACGUAUCAAAGAGGCAGUUGGUAGAACAACCAGAUGGCUUGAUCGUUGUAUAAAAGCUCACAAAAGACCAUAUGAGCAGAAUUUAUUUGGUAUAGUUCAAGGUGGGGUAUAUAAAGAGCUACGUGAACAAUCUUUAAAAGAUCUUAUUGCUAGAGACCUUCCUGGAUAUGCAAUUGGUGGCCUUUCUGGAGGUGAAACCAAAGAUGACUUUUGGCCUAUUAUAGAACUAUGCACUCAUCCUGUGUAUGGAUUGCCAUACUCAAAGCCCAGAUAUGUUAUGGGUGUUGGAUAUACAGUUGAUAUCCUAAUAUGUGUUGCUUUGGGUGCUGAUAUGUUUGAUUGUGUUUAUCCAUGUAGAACAGCAAGGUUCGGAACAGCCAUGGUAAAAAGAGGUCUUAUUAAACUAAAACUUUCUAAAUACAGCAAAGAUUUAGAACCAAUUGAUAAAUGUUGCGAAUGCUAUUGCUGCAAGCAUUAUACUAGAGCUGCUUUACAUAGUAUAGUUUCAAAAGAGUCAUUAUCAAGUCAGCUUAUAACUAUUCACAACAUUACAUUUAUGAUGAAAUUUUGCUCUGAAAUGAGGGAAUCUAUAAAAGAUCAGACUUUUCCAGAAUAUUGUCAACAGUUCUUGUUAGAGUAUUAUAGUGCUACAAAUUUAGAUCAUUUACCCAUAAACUAUGAGCAACCAAAAAUCCCAUCUUGGAUUAUAGAUGCCAUGGAAAAAGCUCAAAUUCAUAUUGAGCAGUUUAAAACUUAA